UCGUCCACAUAUAACUCGUACGGAGAUGACUCUGUUUUGGAUGGUCUUUCACCACAACUACCAUUCACAUAGAUAUUUGCUUCCGAUUGUGGAUUGAUUGUGUUAAUGUUAUUCACACAUACAAUACACAAUAAUUAGUAAAAAAAAAACUGGAAAUUUAUUGUUGCAUUUGUCAGCUUGAACUUUCGACUGGGCUUCCUAAUUCAAAAUCUUCAUACUUUGGUUGAUUCAUCAACCAAUUGUUUAUGUACAUGUGCCGAAAUUGUUCACCAUUUACUACUGCCAUCAAAGCAAGUCGGAGCUUUAUUAGUUAUCGAGCAGUGUGGUACCUAGAGAUAAUUGGCUAACAAGUGGAUUGUACUACCUACUAUCAACAUUUUCCUCAAAGUACCAGUGAUGAACACUUGACAGCAAAACCUUAUUUACUAGACAGCCAAUAUAGUUAGUAAAGAUGAACGGACUAAGUUUCAGCGAGCUGUGCGGAUUGUUCUGUUGUCCGCCGUUUCCAUCCAGAAUUGCUGCCAAAUUGGCUUUUCUUCCACCGGAACCUUCGUACAAACUGAAUGCAGACGAAUCUGGGUCCAAGUUUUCCAUUGAAUUUAAUGACAAGGCUGAAUGGCAGUAUUCAGAUAGAGAAAAAGAUAAUAUUGAAGUGUUCUAUACAAGAACAUCAAGGGGAAAUAGAAUUGCUUGCAUGUACGUUAGAUGUUCUGCCAGUAGCCGUUUUACAAUCCUCUUCAGUCAUGGUAAUGCAGUGGACUUGGGUCAAAUGAGCAGUUUCUACGUGGGGCUGGGUUCAAGAAUCAACUGCAACAUUUUCAGCUAUGACUAUUCAGGGUAUGGUCCAAGUAAUGGGAAGCCAUCCGAAAAAAAUUUGUAUGCAGACAUCGAAGCAGCAUGGCAGUGUUUGCGUACCAGAUACGGAAUUUCGCCUGAAAAUAUAAUUUUGUAUGGUCAGAGUAUCGGGACUGUCCCUACUGUAGACUUGGCUUCAAAGUAUGAAGUUGGUGCUGUGAUUUUGCAUUCCCCAUUGAUGUCUGGGAUGCGAGUUGCCUUCCCCAACACCCGACGAACAUGGUUUUUUGAUGCUUUUCCAAGCAUCGAUAAAGUUCCAAGUGUGCAAAGUCCUGUCCUAGUGAUUCACGGAACUGAAGAUGAAGUGAUUGAUUUUUCUCAUGGAUUAGCUAUCUACGACAAAUGUCCUCGUGCAGUUGAACCUCUUUGGGUCGAGGGUGCGGGACAUAAUGAUGUUGAAUUAUUUAAUCAGUACUUGGAUCGACUCAAGCAAUUUGUGACGGUUGAGCUCGUGAACUAAUCAAAGUGAAAUAAUUUUAGCAUCAAAUUGAAGCAAGUGCAUUAACUUACAACAACUAUAAACCAACCAAACUCUUCUCUCCUAAAUUAUUCCAACCCCCAUCAGGAUGCACGACACUCAAGUGCAUUCGUGCAACUCGUUCAUAUUUAUUUACAACAGUAUAAAUUUUGAAACAAAAACGGUCGGGGUGUUGAACCAACGAACAAAACAAAACAGAAAAAGGCUCUCCUUGCAAGUGAUUCAGUGAACUACAAUAAUAUAAAAAUAUCCCUACGGCGCUUGUCAAUGUCAAAUUCAACAAUCUGUUUGUAAGGUAGUGGUAGCAGCUCUCAUUUGAAUAGCCGAAGUAAAUUUAUAUUCUUUAGUUUCGAUUUGACAAAUCUCAGUAUUCAUUGUAAUUAAAUACAAGAAAAUUAUUGUAAAAAAUCGACAUUUUCCCCACGGCAAGUAUAAACCUCCCGGCUCCUGUCUAAGAUAUACGUCAGAUAUAUUUCUCCCGUAAAGACCCUUACAUUUUAAUAUACUAUAUUUAUAUAUAUAUACAUUAUGGUUUGUUGGUUGCAGCAACAGCACUUUUUUGUCUUUUAUAUGAGGAUCUUCGUAUCUGAUAUUUCUCAUGUUUGCUGCUUUUGAGAUUAUGUGUGAUUGGUUACGCAAAAUAGUUAUCCAAUCACGAAUAAUGGCAAUCACAAUUAGUUAUUAGACAAGAUAUACGCCACUAUACAUAUAUACUACGUUCGUACAUAUCGAAACUUUUUAGUUCCUUGUCAACUAUUUUUUAGUUACCUAAUUUAUUCCAUGCUCUCAACAUAUGUUUGUAACUGUUUUGCGUUUUAUUCAAUGUUUGAACAAAUGAAGCUAAUUCUAAGUCUUUUUUAAUGCAGUUAAAAAGUAUAGAUAUAAGUACCUUUUUUACAUUUUAUAGAUUGAUAAUAAGAGAUCUAGAAUCCUAUUAAAUUAAAUACAGUCAGUUAUACCUCAUGUUUUAUGUUGUACCUUGUUUGAUAUAUCAUAUCUCAUUUAGACAUGUAUGAUGGAUACAUAUGUCUAAAAAAUAUAGUAGUUACUGUUACUAUUAAUAUUGCAAUGAAGACCAACAAAGGCUAAAAGUUAUUUUAGCAACUGAAUUAUUACAGUAGUGCGUCAUACAAAAUGAAAAAUUCCCCUAAAUCCAUAUUCUUCAAUCAUAAAUUGAAAUUUUUAGUUCUUCAAACAAUAAAAAUCAGGCGAACCCCAUUAGUUACUGCAGUAUGAAAAUUCUAAUGGACUGACUGAUCAAACAACUAACUCCCAUCACUCAUCAUGAAUACCGCGAUAUGGAGACUAUACUAUAUAUAUUCUACGCCAGCCAACAUUUUGUGAAAUUAACAAUAAUUAAUCAGUGUUUGUCGUAAAUUUUUGUAUGUGUAGAAUCUAAGUAAAGUAAAGAAUCAAAUGUCUCUUAAAAUUAA